AUGAUGAUGAUGAUACUAUUUCAAAUUGAUGUCUUCUGGUUUACAGGAACCAACUUUACAAACAACGAUGAGCUGAGGAUUGUGAUGGUGGGGAAGACUGGAAUUGGAAAGAGUGCUUCUGGAAACACCAUUCUGGGUCGACCAUGCUUUCAGUCCAAAUGCAGCGCCAAAUCCAUGACUGUGAAUUGCUCCAAAUGCAACAGUCAGGUGGAUGGACAGCAGGUUGCUGUCAUUGACACUCCAGGUCUGUUUGACACCAGGUUUGAACAAGAUAAAACUACCAAAGACCUGAGUCUGUGCAUCAGUUACGCUGCUCCUGGACCCCAUAUAUUCCUGGUGGUCAUUUCAGUCGGUAGGUUCACAGAAGAAGAAAAACGAUCAGUGGAAAGGAUUCAAGAACUCUUUGGAGAAGCUGCAAACAAAUACAGCAUGGUUCUCUUUACUCAUGGAGACAGCCUUGAAUCCAGCAUUGAAGAUUUCUUGGCCGAAUGCCCAGAACUGCAGGAGCUGGUGUCCAGAUGUAACGGCCAAUAUCAUGUCUUCAGCAACAAGCUAGAAGAUAAGAAACCUCAGGUCAUUGAGCUGCUCCAGAAGAUCAGGGACAUAGUUGAAAGAAAUGGAGGAAAUCACUACACCAACGAGAUGUUCCAGGAGGCUGAGAGGGCAACCGAAGAGAAGAAACAACGCAUCCUGAAGGAGAAAGAAGAGGAAAUACGUAAAGAGAAAGAAGAACUGGAGAGAAAGAUACAAGAAAAGUACCAGACAGAGAUGCAGAAAUAUCAGGAGCAGCUCCAGGCUGAGAGAGAGAGGGAGAAGAAGGAGAGGGAGGAGGAGAGGAAGAGGGAGAAGGAGGAGAUGAAUGAGGAGAGAAAAAGGGAAAUGGAAAAGAGAGAGGCAGAGAGAAAGGAGAGAGAAAGGGAGAUUAAAAAUAAGAUGGAAGAAUUAAGAGCACAGUCAAAAAAAGAAAUUGAAGUGGAAAAGGCCAAGCUCCAGUCUAUGUAUGCAUCCAACGCCAGAACUCAAGCUGAAAGAUCUAAUGGUUUUCGAGCAUGUAGCAUACUGUGAGGUUAAAAGUUGUCACCCAGCAGUUGUUACAGAUUUUAUGUUGGUUGUGGUUCAAAGGAGAAACUUAAACAAUGCAGAGCUCAUUAGCACUUUUUUUUCCUAUUCUGUAUUGUCUUAAUAAAGGAAGGUGAGCUCCAGGUAGAGUAAUGUAAUUCACCUUUGACCUUAGUAUCUCACAGUUUGAUAAGAAAAUAUUUCUGCUAAUGCUUAAAUGCUGAAUGUGUUCAGUAAAACUGCUUGUUUAUACAUUUUAGACAUUACUGGUGUAAGUUUCUAGUUUUUAAUUAUCUCAGAUUGUAUCAGUUUAUUUUCUCAGUAAUUAGAUCAAUAAUUAAUAUGUGUGAGAGAGUCCCUUCAGGUGCUCGCUUAUUCAGGAGUUGCAACAACAGGUCAUUCACAGCUUAUAUACAGACUUGACAGAGUCCCCAGCAUCAAAGACACAAACUUAUCCUGCUAAACUACAGACUAAACCCAUAAUUACCAUGUAAUCACAAUAGAUGGUCUUCUGAUGUCCAUUCUAUUGAUUUACGCUUCUUGUAAUUGUUUGAUUUUAAUGUCUCAGUUUUAUGAUCACUGUUUAUUCAAAUUGAAAUUCAUUGUUUUAUCCUAUGCUGAGUCGAAUGUAACACAAAACAUAAAUGUUUUACUAAUCAAUAAACAGUGCUAUAUUGUGGGGAAAAUGUUUCAGGGGUCUUCCUUAAUAAAAAAG